UAUUUACUAUUUUUAUUCAUUUCGAAAAACAAAACAAAAAUUGAAAAUUGUAUAGAACAGGGCUCGUCACAAAAAAUGUCAUUCACAAAUUCGUGCCGGUUGUGUUUGACCAUAAACAAUGGCAAUCACCUGGAUAUAUUCAGUGUCAAUGGAAUGGAAAUGAAAAUGUGCGAAAUUAUUGCCGAACAUUUUAAAUGCGAGGUAAAUGUGUUGGAUUCAUUACCGAAUUUCAUAUGUCAAGUGUGUUGGCAUUUAACGGAAGCAUUUCAUGAAUUAUAUCAAAAGUCGAAAGUCACACUUGAAAAUCUAUUGAAUCGAUCGAUUAAAAUUGAGCCAGAGGUGAAUGAGUCGUGGCCAAGUUACCAUGCAGUCCAGUAUAUUGAAGAUUCACAACCAGAAAUUGGUCUGAUAAAAGUCGAAACGAUUUUGAAAACGGAACAAAAUUCAAAUAAUUCGAAAACGAUCGAAGAAUCAGAUUCAAAUGGUGUUGAUCCCAUUGAUUUCGAUGAAAAUACGGAUGAAUCAGAUGAUGAUAGUAACAAUGCAGAGAAUGUUGAAUCAGAUGUUGAAGAAUCAGCAAAAGAAAAGGCAGUAAUACCCACUGAAACUAUAGAUAAACCAAAACGAAAGCGAACUAAAGCGAAGCAACUUAAGGCCAACUUUGAAAAGCAAUUUGCCGAAAAUAAGCAGUUGUUUGAUAUGUCAUGUGAUUUAUGUCCAACCAUUUUUGAAACACUAUACGAAGCUCAAGAACAUUAUGCAAAAGAGCACAAAAAUCCACGUGGAUAUAUCAAAUGUUGCAAUCAACGGCUUAUUUAUCCGUGCUUCGUGUUGAAACACUUAGAACGACAUAUCAAUCCAAAUAAGUAUAGAUGCUCGCAAUGCGAAAAAGUAUUUUUGUGCAAUAUUCAACUCACUAAACACAUGAAAAAACACACCGAAAAAAUCGUUCCGAAAGAAAAAAAUCUACCAUGCAACAUAUGUAUGCAACUGUUUCUCACACAAUCUGGUCUCGACCAUCAUAUGCGACGACACCAGGAACGAGAUGAAUCCGAGGAUGGUCCUGUGAUGAAGUUUAUAGCCGAAAAUUUUGAUAUGAAAUGUGAUCAUUGCGAUACAAUAUUCAGCGGAUUUCACGAUGCACGCCGUCAUUACAAAGAAUUACAUAACGACGAGAAAGGCUAUAUUAAAUGCUGUAAUAUAAAAUUAAGGGAAUUAUGCCGUGUUCGGGAGCACGUAUUAUCACACUUGGAUCCAGAUUGUCUGAAAUGUGAUAUAUGUGCAAAGAGUUUUCCAACGGGACUGAGGUUGGCUCGACAUAAACGCCGCCAUAAGAUGAAGAAAAGAUUCCUUUGUGAUUGCUGUGGGAAAUCUUAUGGGGAUAAACUUGCAAUCACUCGUCAUCUUCUCAGUAUUCAUGUCAAUUCGAAACCGAAAUACGAAUGCGACAUAUGCCAGAAAAAAUUCCGGUUAGACUCACUAUUGAGAAAUCACAAAUAUGCCGUGCAUCGAGAGAAGAACCGUUUUUCUACGUGUGAGGUAUGCGGAAAAUCUUUCUAUACGAAAUUCCACUUGGAUAAACAUAUGCUUUGCCAUAUGGAUAAAUCCGAACGAUUGUCGGAACGAAUACAGUGUCAAUAUUGCGGCGAAUGGCUUAUGACGAGAAGUGGUGUCUUUUAUCAUCACCAAAAACACACGAGUGGCAUCCAAAAAUGUGGUCAAUGUGAAAUGGAACUACCAAAUCGAGUUUCACUACUUGGACACAUUCGACAAUACCAUCGAGAACAUAAAUUUAAAUGUAGCUAUUGUGAUAAAAAAUUUCCCACCAGAGGAACCAUGAAGGCUCACGAAGAAUGUCAUACACGGCAUAAAACUUAUGAAUGCGAAUUUUGUCCGAAAACGUUCAACAACAAACAUUCCAUAAAAACACACACACGCAGAAAUCAUGGCGAAGAAGUGCUCUUGAAACUUUGGCUAUUGAUUUUUGGUAUGAAAUUAGUAGGCAGUAAAUUUUUGGAGAAAACGUCGCCAGCUUAA